CUCUUCUUCUUCUUUCUCAUUUGGGGUUUCUGAUUAUACAGACGUUAGCAGAAUAUAUGGCGGUAGUAGCAUCACGGUCGCUGGGAACGGAGAUGAAUUGGGGCACGAUAUGCUGCUCAGCCUUCUCCUGUCUCCAGCUCUACUGGGCACGUAUUGUCAUUCGCAAAUGGUUCAACGUUUCUUCCCUUGAUUCCGAUUAUAGCGCAGAUACUGACGACACUCUUUCCUGCAGCCAAGAUUUUGACCCCUGUAGCUCUGGAGUCACGAAAGAUGAUGAUACAGAUGAUUGUCCUAAGCUUAGAAGAUACAAUUCAGAAACUUCCAGGGUUCAGUAUAUUGACACACAAGCAGUCAGCCAGAAUCUGUGCUGGGACAUGGAAUGUUGGAGGCAGAGUCCCACCGGCCGACUUGGAUAUCGAUGGUUGGCUUGACACUCUUGAGCCUUCUGACAUUUAUGUUCUUGGUCUUCAGGAAAUAGUUCCCUUGAAUGCUGGAAACAUUUUUGGUAUUGAGAAUGACCAGCCUGCUUCUGUAUGGGAGAACAUCAUACGUGAUGCUUUAAACCGAGUUCGACCUAGAAAGCAGAAGAUUUUAAGUCACAGUGAUCCUCUCUCUCCGUCAAUGUUUAAGCCAUACAAAGACGUCUCUCACGACAUGUUUGUUGAAACAAGACAUGGUCCGUGUGAUACAUUUUUCUCUGGUGAAAGACCAAUCAUAAGUGAAGAUUCAGUUACCAAUAUAGAAGUUUUGGAUUCAACCAAUAGCAAUGCAUCACCAAGUACGCCAGACCGCUGUCUCUCCAUGCAACUGAAUAGUGAUUCCCAAAGAGAAGGAAGGCUUAGUUACACUGAAAGAGUUAGUCUGAGCUGGCCAGAGCCUCCAUCAAAGCUGCUCAAUCAAAACGUUUUGGAAAGACUUGGUGACUGCAAGUCGCUGAACCUGGGUAUCAUGAAUCUUAGAAAACCAGCCUAUGUAAGGAUCGUGAGCAAACAGAUGGUUGGAGUCUUCAUCACCAUCUGGGUUCGGAGGAGCUUGCGCAAGCACAUAAGCAACCUUAGUGUGUCCACUGUUGGUGUUGGUAUUAUGGGAUACAUUGGUAACAAGGGAUCUGUAUCUGUGAGCAUGUCAAUCUAUCAAACACCGUUUUGUUUCCUGUGCUCACAUCUGUCGUCAGGAGAAAAAGAUACAGAUCACCAGAAAAGAAACGAUGAUGUACGUGAAAUUCACAGAAGAACGCUGUUUAAUCCGCAUUCUUCAAAUGCCAAUGUGCUUCCAAGAAGCAUCCGUGAUCACGAAAGAGUAAUCUGGCUGGGAGAUCUGAACUAUCGGAUUAACUUGUCUUAUGAGAAGACACACGAGCUUAUUGCAAGAAAGGAAUGGCAGAGGUUACUUGAAAAUGACCAGCUUUCAAACGAAAUGAGAAAAGGCAAUGUCUUCGAGGGAUGGUCAGAGGGGGAUUUAUGUUUUCCACCGACAUACAAAUACGAACUUGAUUCAGAAAACUACAUCGGAGAUGACUCGGAAUCAGGAAAACGUAGACCGGCCUGGUGUGACCGCGUCAUUUGGAAAGGGAAGGGAAUGAAGCUUCUUAGUUACAGAAGGAAUGAGAUUAAGCUAUCGGAUCACCGGCCUGUCACAGCCACCUUAUUGGCCGAGGUUGAGGUUUUAUCUCCAUGGAAACUUCAGCGUGCGCUUGCACUCACUUAUGCCGAGAUCCAAAGCCAUUAAGCUUUUGUUCGGGUGAAGUUGUGUGUGCUUGGAGAAGUAAGCAAGAUCUCUCAGUGGUUGUUGAAGGUAUAAAUUUAUUUUUUCCCUGAUUUUUCUCUAGAAGACUUAAGUGUAAGUCUUCUCUGUGUAGUAAAAAAAUAGGUUAGUUUUGCAAUUGACUUUUUGCGUGUUUUUUAGAGAAACCUAUUGUGGAAAUUUUUGAAUUUUUUUUGUUGACAAAAAAAAGUUGAUAAG